CGCGCGCACGUGUUGGGGCUGAUUGACACACGUCUUGGGCCGUCAGAUCUGUUUCUUGGGUGGAUGUUUGUUGGCUCUCGAUCCAGCUGAGCUAGGGGACCAUCGAGUACAGGAGGGGCAGUGACAGCAGUUGGGGACAAGGCUCUCUGACCCCAAAUGUCUGACUCUCCAUGGGAGACAGCCGAAGGCAGCGUGCAGCCCUCGGUGCUCCGGGGCUCGCCCCGGGUGUCACUUGGUGUCAGAGAGCUGGCUCAGAGUCGGGGCCACGCGUUGGCAGCAUGAGGCUGAGCGGUGGCUGAGGAGCUGGCCAUGGGGAAGACGCCUGCAGAGGUGAUGACGGCAGUGUCCACAGCCACGCAGCAAGGACUCUGUGGGCUGCCCCACGCGUCUGGUCCUGUUAUCCACGAAUGCGGCCAUUGCUCGGCAAGAAACAAUCAGCAAUUACUGAGCACAAGGCGCCCGACAGCUCGACCGGUGUGAAAGCCGAGGCCCAGAGACGUGAUGUGAUUGGCCUGCAGACAUGCAGCUCGUGGCAGAACCGGACCUGGAAGCCAGGUGCCCUGGCGCUCAGAACAUUCCGCGGCCCUCGGAAUGGAACAGAGAACUGGAAGCUAAAGCUACCAAAGACGUGGAGAGGAGUCUCAGCAGUGCCAGACCAGAUAAGGCCCAGUGCCAGCCAGCCUCCGCCUGCCAGCUCUCAGAACGGCCCCUCCACAGCGAGCAGCACCGCUAACGAUGCCAGGCACGCCCCAGCCAGCAGCGAGCAGCAGCCCCAGCAGCCUCAGGCCCUGCCCCGGUACCCUCGCGAAGUCCCGCCACGGUUUCGCCACCAGGAGCAUAAACAGCUUCUGAAGAGGGGCCAGCAUUUCCCUGCCAUCGCAGCAAACCUGGGACCCGCUGUUAAAGCACCAAGCAGCCAGCCAGAGAGCAGCGCCUUUGCGAGUCUGCAGCCACACAGCAGCACGGAGGCCCCAGACGGCAGGCAGCAGGCAGAUACAAACCACAGCAAUUCCGGAUCCCAUUAUGAAACUUCGCCGCGGGGACCUGCGCCUUCUACGAGUGACUUUAGCCCAACCUGUAAGAAUGCCGUUGUGAGUGACCCCCCGGAGAAAGCAGCAUGGCCCUCGGCCCCAGGCACUGACCAGGCGCUGGCUUCAGAAUGUAUGGACGCUGACUCUGCCUCCGGUUCUGAGUCCGAGAGAAACCUCGCUGCCAUGGCUUCGGGGAGCACGGGGGGUGACAAGGAUGGCCUUCGGAACAGCACUGGGCUGGGCUCCCAGAACAAGUUCGUGGUUGGCAGCAGCGGCAAUAGCGCGGGGCCCGGAGGUAGCCCUGGGCCCUGGGGUGUCGCCCACGGGGCCGUCAUAAGCACAUGUCAGGUGCCUGCGGAUGCUCCGGAGAGCAAGUCAGAAGGUAGCACGAAUAGGAUGCCUGCCUGGGGCAGUGUAGGUUCUUCAUCAAAUGGAGGCUUAAACCUGAGCACUUUGAAUUCAGCGAGCAGCCACGGUGCCUGGCCAGUGUUAGAGAACAGCGGCCUCACCCUGAAAGGGCCUGCAGGGGGCGGCGGUGCUGGCACAAGUGCCCAGUGCAGCAGCACGGGCCAGGGGCCUCACAGCCAGAAUCCUAACUCUAAAGGGGGUGGUUCCGCUCCUCCCGGGGCCUGGGGGGCCCUUCAGGAAGCUGGAGAAUCCGAAGUAGGUGGCACACAGAAGGUUCCAUUCAGUGGUCCCCCGCAGAAUGUCACCACUGACAUGGCUGGGCCAAAUGACACUACUAACUUCAUGACCUCUAGUUUACCAAACUCCGCUUCCGCACCAAGCAAUGAGCUGCCUGUGAACCCGGGGGCCUGGCGCGUGAGCACAGUGACCCAUCCUCAGAUCCAGGCUCCGGUGGUUACGAACAGCACGCCCCUCGCUCACCUUAGCAAUGGGGAGGCCCAAAGUGGAGGCUCUUAUGGUACUGCGUGGGGGGCGUACGGCUCCAGUUACUCGGGGGACACGUGUGUGAGCCCGAAUGGCCAAGCUCCUGGUGACACUGUGAACGCAACGCUAAUGCAGCCGGGCGCCAAUGGGCCUGCAGGCCCCAACUUCCAGGUGAACACAAACAAGGGUGGAGGCGUGUGGGAGGCAGCGCCAGCCAGUGCCCAGGGCGUGCCCUGGGGAAGUGCCCACGGCGCCACUUCCGGAGGGAGUCGGAGGGGGUGGGGAGCCCCUGCACAAAACACGGGCGCCAAUGUCCCUGGUGUGGAGUGGAACAAACUGCCUAGCAAUCAGCAUUCCAGUGACAGUGCGAAUGGCAACGGAAAGAAGUUUACAAACGGAUGGAGAUCUGCUGAGGAAGAGGAUCAGGGCUCCGGCACGUCUCAGACCAGCGAGCAGGGUGGGGGGUGGGCCACGGCAGGAGGGCCGGGGGACAGUGAGGGGAACACGGAGAGCACUGGGCGCCUGGAAGACAAAGCGGCCGGGGAGAGUCAGAGCAGAGACAGGAGAAAGGCCGACCAGCACUCGCUGCUGCAAAGCGUGGUGGGCAGGACCGACCUGGACCCGCGCGUCCUAUCCAAUGCCGGCUGGGGCCAGACUCCUAUCAAGCAGAACACUGCCUGGGACACCGAGACCUUGCCCAGCGGGGAAAGGAAGCCCGACAACGGCACCGAGGCCUGGGGCUGCUCUGUGACCCAGACGUGUAACUCAGGGGCAUGUGCAGAGAAGACGGGCCCUGACGGGCGUGACGCCUCCCCUGGGGCGGGGUGGGGAGAGCCCAGGCCUGCUCUGCGGUGGGCAGAUUCCAAAGGCCCGAGCUGCCAGGGCGGGUGGGAGGACGAUGCUGCUACAGGAACGGCCAAGAGCAAUCAGUGGGGGAGCUGCAAGGACAAGCCCACGUGGAAUGAUUCGCAAAAGAACAAGCAGGGGUGGGGGGAUGGGCCGAAAGCAAACCAGGGGUGGGCUGUCGCUUCUGGCGACAGCUGGGCGGACGCGUCGAGGAGUAACCAUUGGGGUGAGGCCAAUAAGAAGUCGAGCUCAGGAGGCAGUGACAGUGACAGGUCUGUUUCUGGUUGGAACGAACUUGGUAAAACUAGUUCUUUUACUUGGGGAAAUAACUUAAAUCCAAAUAACUCAUCAGGAUGGGAUGAAUCUUCCAAACCCAGCCCUUCCCAGGGAUGGGGAGAGCCUCCAAAGCCUGGUCAGUCUCUGGGCUGGGGAGAGGCGACGAGGCCAGUCAGCUCUCCAGACUGGAACAAGCAACAGGACAUUGUCGGGUCUUGGGGACUCCCACCAGCCCCGGGCAAACCCUCGGGUACGGGCUGGCUGGGAGGACCGAUUCCAGCCCCAGCCAAAGAGGAAGAGCCCAGCGGCUGGGAGGAGCCGUCCCCAGAGUCCAUCCGGCGUAAAAUGGAGAUUGACGAUGGGACUUCAGCUUGGGGAGAUCCCAGCAAAUACAGCUACAAAAAUGUGAACAUGUGGGACAGGAAUGUCCCGAACGGCAGCCGCUCAGACCAGCCAGCACCGGUACACCAGCUGCUGCCGUCUGCAAGUGCGAGCUCCAACCCAGAGGCCGGCGGCGGCUCCGGCUGGGGUGAGCCCUGGGGGGACCCUCCUGCUGCGGCCACAACUGUGGAUAACGGUACUUCAGCGUGGGGCAAGCCCGUUGACAGUGGUCCCAGCUGGGGGGAGCCCAUGGCUGCGGCGUCCAGCACACCCACGUGGGGCUCCGGCUCUGUUGGUCCACAAGUGUUAAGCAAACCUGGGCCAAAACCUAUGCAAGAUGGCUGGUGUGGCGAGGACAUGCCACUGCCUGCAAACCGCCCCACCGGCUGGGAGGACGAGGAGGACGUGGAGAUUGGGAUGUGGAAUAGUAAUUCAUCUCAAGAGCUCAACGCGUCUUUAAAUUGGCCGCCAUAUACAAAGAAAAUGUCAUCGAAGGGUCUGAGUGGCAAAAAAAGGAGAAGGGAAAGGGGAGUGAUGAAAGGUGGAAACAAACAGGAAGAAGCCUGGAUAAACCCAUUUGUUAAGCAGUUUUCAAAUAUCAGUUUUUCGAGAGACUCGCCAGAAGAAAAUGCACAGAGCAAUAAGGUGGAUCUGUCUGGAGGAAUGUUACAGGACAAACGGAUGGAGAUAGAUAAGCAUAGCCUAAGUAUUGGUGAUUACAGUCGGACGGUCGGGAAAGGCCCAGGUUCUCGGCCUCAGGUUCCCAAAGAGUGUCCUGUGGAGCGCAGUCCUUAUUUUGAUAAGGAUGGCAUUGUAGCAGAUGAACCCCAAAACAUGCAGUUUAUGUCCAGUCAGAGCGUGAAGCUUCCCCCUUCAAAUAGUGCACUACCUAACCAGGCCCUCGGCUCCAUAGCAGGGCUGGGUAUGCAAAACUUGAACUCUGUUAGACAGAAUGGCAACCCCAGCGUGUUUGGUGUGGGGAGCACAGCAGCACAAGCCCGGGGCGUGCAGCCGCCGCCAGCACAAGCUCUCCCUUCAUCGCAGCCUAAUCUCCGCGCUCAAGUGCCUCCUCCACUGCUCCCCGCUCAGGUUCCAGUGUCAUUGCUGAAGUACGCGCCCAACAGCGGGGGCCUGAACCCGCUCUUUGGCCCUCAACAGGUAGCCAUGCUGAACCAGCUAUCCCAACUCAACCAGCUUUCUCAGAUCUCCCAGUUACAGCGGUUGUUAGCGCAGCAGCAGAGGGCGCAGAGUCAGAGAAGCGUGCCUUCUGGGGGCCGGCAGCCGCCCGACCAACAGGGCCGGCCUCUCAGUGUGCAGCAGCAGAUGGUGCAACAGUCCCGUCAGCUUGACCCAAGCCUGUUGGUGAAGCAGCAGACGCCGCCAUCUCAGCAGCCAUCACUCCAUCAGCCAGCCAUGAAAUCGUUCCUUGAAAACGUCAUGCCCCACAGCACGCCUGAGCUGCAGAAAGGGCCGUCCCCAAUCAACGCUUUCAGCAACUUCCCUAUAGGCUUGAACUCAAACUUGAAUGUAAAUAUGGAUAUGAACAGUAUUAAAGAGCCACAGUCAAGACUAAGGAAGUGGACCACAGUGGACAGCAUCUCUGUGAACACGUCUUUGGAUCAGAACUCCAGCAAACAUGGUGCUAUUUCAAGUGGUUUCAGGCUAGAAGAGUCCCCGUUUGUUCCCUAUGACUUCAUCAACAGCAGUGCUUCGCCAGCCAGCCCCCCAGCGCCCGUGGGAGACGGCUGGCCACGUGCCAAAUCACCCAGCGGCUCGAGCAGUGUUAACUGGCCACCAGAGUUUCGCCCUGGUGAGCCGUGGAAAGGUUAUCCAAACAUUGACCCUGAAACUGACCCUUACGUCACUCCUGGCAGUGUCCUGAACAGUCUCUCAGUAAAUACUGUGCGGGAAGCGGACCACCUCAGGGACAGGAACAGCGGGUCAGCCUCAUCCUUGAACACCACGCUGCCUUCAACUAGUGCCUGGUCAUCCAUUCGUGCCUCCAACUACAGCGUCCCCCUCAGCAGCACAGCACAAAGCACUUCAGCCAGAAAUAGUGAUCCCAAAUUGACGUGGUCCCCCGGUUCAGUCGCCAACACCUCUCUGGCCCACGAGCUGUGGAAGGUGCCUCUGCCACCUAAAACCAUCACCGCUCCGUCCCGCCCGCCGCCGGGCCUCACCGGUCAGAAGCCACCCUUAUCUGCGUGGGAGAAUUCUCCCCUUCGUGUAGGUGGAGGAUGGGGGAACUCGGACGCCAGGUACACCCCAGGCUCCAGCUGGGGUGAGAGCAGCUCAGGGAGAAUAACCAACUGGCUGGUUCUGAAGAACCUCACGCCCCAGAUCGACGGCUCGACUCUGCGGACCCUGUGCAUGCAGCAUGGCCCGCUGAUCACAUUCCACCUGAACCUGCCCCACGGCAGCGCCCUGGUCCGCUACAGCUCCAAGGAGGAGGUGGUCAAAGCUCAGAAGUCUCUGCACAUGUGUGUGUUGGGGAACACUACUAUUCUUGCUGAGUUCGCCAGUGAAGAGGAGAUCAGUCGUUUCUUUGCACAAAGUCAGUCCCUGGCCCCCGCUCCCGGCUGGCAGUCCCUCGGGUCCGGCCAGAGCCGGCUGGGCCCCCUCGACUGCUCUCACUCCUUCUCCAGCCGCGCGGAUCUCAAUCACUGGAACGGUGCUGGGCUGUCGGGAACUAACUGUGGAGACCUUCACGGCACUUCCCUCUGGGGGACCCCACACUAUUCCACGAGCCUGUGGGGUCCUCCCAGCAACAGCGACCCCCGGGGCAUUAGCAGCCCGUCCCCCAUUAACGCUUUUCUUUCUGUUGACCACCUGGGUGGGGGUGGGGAGUCCAUGUGACAGGUAGAUGGAGAUUCGCGACGACCGAGACCUCAAUCAGGAUGCGAAGCAAAGGGCACGAAGCUGGGCCCGCCGCCUGCCGCCGGGGCCGCCUGUGGGAACAGCUCUUCUCUGCACAUUUUCCACUUUGUUUUCCCCAGAACAUAUCAGUUUGAAUACUUGAAUCAUGCAGGCCAAUAUUAUAAUGUGAAGGUAUCUCGAUUUACACUCCCCGGUAGCGCCAUACGUGCGAUCGCAUCGCGUGAGCUCACGUGUGCACGUGAUCAUGUUUGCUUUGCUUCUUUGGUUUUCUCCCCCCCUCCCCCCCCCUUUUUUUUUUUUUUGCAAAACCAUUUUGGAGCUGACAAUGUAUGAGCUUUGACCUUUGCACUGAACGAUGUUCUGGCCGGCUCGUCGGCACCGUGGGGGCGGCUGUUCCAGUGUGAUGUUUACUCAAGGAUGUCCUGGGCGUGCGAGCUCACGCCCAGGACACGCGUCUGCCUUCCGUGCUGUCUGUCGUGGAGCUUAAACGAUCGAGUAGUAAUACUGACUUCGGACUCUAAACGAAAGUCUUGCACCAGUUUUUCCGUGUUAUGAAACUAAAGAAUUUCGCUCUGCAGUUUGAAAAACUGUGGCCACAGCUGUGACUCGCAGCCCGCCUGCCACCCGGGCGGGCCCUGCACUUUGUCUACGCUUUUCCAUUUUGUUUUGGAGGUUCCCUCGUUGAACCUUCUUGUUUACAGAUUUUUUUUGUUUGUUUUUUGAGAAAAUAAAAUGUUUACUCUUCCAUCAUUUAAAAAAAAAAAUUUAAAGACAAAAAAAAAUGGAGGAUGAUUUAAAAGAUGCUUCUAUCUCUGGGAAAAAAGAGCAGCAUUGGCCAUGUUCUCUCGUCUUUCUAUUCCUGUCCUAAAUCAAAGAGCAUGGUUCUCAGGAAAACCAGUUCCCCAGUUAAAAAAAAAAAAAAGAAAAAAAAAUUCCUUGUAGUUUCUUACAGGAAAGGAAGAAAACCCCCCCAAUUUUUAGCUCUGAUACUAUGUACUGCUGUGUUCAAGAAUUUUCUCUGCCAAAAAAAACAAAAAACAAAAAAAAAACCCCACAAAAAAAAACAAAAAAAAAACGCUUCAAGCUGGAGUUUGAGAUUCUGCUUUCAGAUGCUAUCUUUUUAUUAGUGAGUGAUGAUGGUUUGCUGAUCACCCAUAAAUAGGUAACACUUUUGUAACGCCAUCACGUGGCUCUGUUCCUGCUCUCGUGAGUGUGUUCAUGUCUAACUGUUGUACCUUAAAGCCGAAAUCAGUAACUAUGCAUCCUGUAAGCGAGAUGCGGGCUUACAGAAUUGUUCGUUGUACAAAGACAAUUUUAAAUGUUGUUGCAAACUGACGAGUUACACCAUUUUUACAACGUCUUUCUCUCCUGCCCCCCUUUUUUUGCCCACAAAUGGUAUUAUAAUGCUUGUUAGUCAAAGGAGAGACUAAACAAGGGUAAAAAUUUUAACUACACAAUUUGCCAUCAUUUCAUUGCCUUGAUUCUAACUGUUUGUCCUACUACGCAGAGGAAGUCAGUGGCUUUUAACUGUUUACAAAUAGAACGUGAUUGUAAAAUGUACAGUUGGGUUGUGUUUGAAUUAUGAAGUCUCUUCAGAUACAAUAAACCACGACUUUUUGGCUGCUCAGCAUUACCUGUCUCCUUUUUGUGAAUUUAUUUGUACGCUCUUUUUUAUACUGAAAGUUUCAAGGUCGCUGUGUAUGAGACGCCUCAGAGCAGCCGAUUAAAAAUCCAAGCAAACAUUUGAACGUUUUACCUGAACGUAUCCACACUUUCACCCUGAAACAAUGUGAGAACCGUGGGAAACUGUAGCUUGCUCCUUCCUGCCCUCUCUGAGCACCUGUGGGAUCUCGCUGCUCAAAACUUCUGUGACUUCAUCUUCCCCACCAUCUGUGCCCAUCUCAAGCCUCAGCCACAGACCCUCCGGAACAUGAAGCUUAAUGACGUGACAGUGUUCUCGUGUUAAACUCUCAUACCUCUGUUACAGAGCGAGCAAUGCCACCGCCUGGACUGGCCUUCUCCCGGCACAGCCCCCACGCUCUCUGCAGGAGCUUGGGGACAAGCCUGUGCGUGUCUCCAGUGUGUGACUUCAGUCUCGCUGCAACUUGCCAGGUGUAAGCUCAUGAUCCGUGCAUUCGAUGUGUACUGACUUCCAUACUGGUUUUUCCAAAAACCAAAGGUAACUUCGAAAAACCACGUCUGGAAAUGUUUGGACGUUAAGCUGAUCGACCUUCUUCUGGGGCUUUGAGUAGUAUAUAAUUGACUUCAUAAACUGCGUUCAUUGUAUUGUUACAGUGUUUGGGAGUUUUUUGCGCUUGUUAUGUGGAAAUAAAGUGUUUGAUUUAAAAAAGUAA